AGUGCGAUAUCUGCCAUGAGCUAGAUAAUAUCAUUACGAGAGCGUUCGUUCGCUAAACUGAGGCCGACUCCCAGGACCCGGCAAACAGUUUACAAAAUAACACCUUAAAUAAUAUUCAAAAAAACAAUAAUAAUUAUUAUUAUAUAAUUAAUUAAAAUGUUAAUAUUAAAAGUAUGAGAAAAUUAAAUUGAUCAAGUUUUUGAAGUUUAAUUAUUUAGUUUAUUUUUUCUUAUUAUUUUUUUUUUUUUAUUUUUAUUAUUUUUUGAUUUGUAAAUAUUUUGAUUAAAUCGGUUUUUUUUUUGGAGUGUUAAUUUAUGUUUUUUUUUUUUUUUUAUUUUAUUCUGUGGCUGAUUUUAUGGUGUGUCGGUCAAGGACAUUAAUUUGCAAAUAAAUUUUUUCUAUUUUUGACAAUAAAUGAUAUUUAGAAAAAAAAAAUAUACAAAUUUAAAAUGAAAAAAAAAAAUAAUGAAUAUUGAUAUUUAUAAAGAUAGAAAAAGAAGAAAUAAAAAAAUAAAGAUAGUUUUGUCUGGUGUAUAACUGUUUUGGGUUCUUCAGUGUGAUUUAUUUGUGUGAUCGUGUGGCGGCUAAAUUUGGCAGACCUCGUGGAAAACAAGUGGGUAACAUGCUGACUUAAAAGUUAAAUCAAAAUGUGAAUAUCUCAGCGUAUAUUCACGUAAUAAACACGAGAAAAAAAUAAAAUAUCCAACAUAUUAUCAUUAUUAUUUGAUAAAUAAAAUAAAGUAAUUAAAUUAUAUUCAAAAAUAGAAAAAAAGAUCAAACAAACAAACAACUUUUAAUUAAUAUAAAUAAAUAAAUUAAAGCUUUUUUUAUACUUUUUUUUUUUGGAUUUAAUAAAAAAAGUAAACAGUGAACUUUUAAGUGACUUGUUUUGAUUGUUGUGCUUUUUUUUCAUUUAUAUUUUGUGUAAAAAAUAAAAAAACAAAACUAAAGCUUGCAAGCUUGUCAUCGAUGAUGGUAAACGGCACGCUGCCAAAAUACAAUUGGCCAGUUGUUUUGUUUAUUAUCACGUGUAUGUUUAUAACGUAUUAUUAUUGAAAAUAAUUUGUGCUCAAAUAUUAUCAUAAAUAUAUUGUUGUAUUUUAAAUUAAAAAUAUAACAUUAAUGUAUAGCUAUGAUCAGUGUAACACCAUCAACGUCUGACGUUGUCAUCGUCAUUGGCAUAACAUCACCCGGAAGAAAAACAAAGAGAAAUUGUACUCGUGGAAUUCGACAUCAUCGUAAAAUAAAGCAAAAAUAAUAUUAUCAUCAAUUUUUAUUUGAAAAAUACUGUGAAAAAUAAAAAGCUCCUGUUUUGAAAUUAUUGAAAAAAAAAAAAAAACAUAUUAUUAAUAAUAAUAAUAAUAAUAUAAAUAAUAAAAAAUUUAAAAAAAUUGAAAAAUAAUUUAAUAAAAAAAUAAAUAAUUGUAAUUCCACCAUCAAAUAUGGCCUCGGUGGCAGCUUGGCUGCCAUUUGCACGUGCGGCGGCGAUUGGUUGGGUGCCGAUUGCAACUCAUCCACUUCCGCCGCCGCCAAUACCAAAAGAUCGACGUAAAGCUGAUGAUGAAAAAUUAUUAAUAAAUGUUAGUGGUAGACGUUUUGAAACAUGGCGUAAUACAUUAGAAAAAUAUCCAGAUACAUUAUUAGGUUCAAAUGAACGUGAAUUUUUUUAUGAUGAAGAUAGUAAAGAAUAUUUUUUUGAUCGUGAUCCAGAUAUAUUUCGUCAUAUACUUAAUUAUUAUAGAACUGGUAAAUUACAUUAUCCAAAACAUGAAUGUUUAACAAGUUAUGAUGAAGAAUUAUCAUUUUUUGGUAUAUUACCAGAUGUUAUUGGUGAUUGUUGUUAUGAAGAUUAUCGUGAUAGAAAACGUGAAAAUGCUGAAAGAUUAAUGGAUGAUAAAUUAAGUGAAAAUGGUGAUCAAAAUUUACAACAAUUAACUGAUUUACGACAAAAAAUGUGGCGUGCAUUUCAAAAUCCUCAUACAUCAACAGCAGCACUUGUAUUUUAUUAUGUUACUGGUUUUUUUAUAGCUGUUAGUGUAUUAGCAAAUGUUGUUGAAACAGUACCAUGUGGUACACGUCCUGGACGUGCUGGUCCAUUAUCAUGUGGUGAACGUUAUAAAAUUGUAUUUUUUUGUCUUGAUACAGCUUGUGUUAUGAUAUUUACUGCUGAAUAUUUAUUACGUUUAUUUGCAGCACCAAGUAGAUGUAAAUUUGCUCGUUCAGUUAUGUCAAUAAUUGAUGUUGUUGCAAUAUUACCAUAUUAUAUUGGACUUGGUAUAACUGAUAAUGAUGAUGUAUCUGGUGCAUUUGUAACAUUACGUGUAUUUCGGGUAUUUCGUAUAUUUAAAUUUUCACGUCAUUCACAGGGUCUUAGAAUCCUUGGUUAUACACUUAAAUCAUGUGCAUCUGAACUUGGUUUUCUUGUAUUUUCAUUGGCAAUGGCUAUUAUUAUAUUUGCCACUGUUAUGUUUUAUGCUGAAAAAAAUGUUGAGGGGACCAACUUUACAUCAAUACCAGCUGCUUUUUGGUACACCAUUGUCACCAUGACAACACUUGGAUAUGGUGACAUGGUUCCUGAAACAAUUGCUGGUAAAGUUGUUGGAGGUGUUUGUUCAUUGAGCGGAGUAUUGGUGAUAGCUCUGCCUGUGCCUGUUAUUGUCAGUAAUUUCAGUCGAAUUUAUCACCAAAAUCAACGAGCUGAUAAGAGAAAAGCACAAAGGAAAGCAAGACUUGCAAGAAUUAGAAUUGCAAAAGCAUCAAGUGGUGCUGCAUUUGUCAACAAGAAAAAAGCUGCUGAAGCGAGAAUUGCUGCUCAAGCUAGUGGUCUUCAAACGGAUGACUAUAAAGAGGAUAUAUUUGAGCUUCAACAUCAUCAUCUUCUACGUUGUCUUGAAAAAACAACGGAUCGUGAAUUUGUGGAGAUGGAUGUACCAUAUAAUGGUGCACCAAAGCGGCCAGGUUCACCUUCCCCAUUGACAUCACCAGCUCACAGUACCGCUUCACGUGGUGGUCUAUUGCAGUCAUGUUGCGGUCGUUGUUAUUCACAACGUUACCAGGCGUACAAUCAGUACAUUCCGGCAACGAGGGCCCAGCCCCAGCCAGAUCAGUCAGGACAAACGGGAAUAGAUGACACCUACUUGGUCGAGGCCUCGUUUUGAGAUCGUCAUAUCGAGAAUGAAAAAAUGAAAAAAACAUUACAUCACAAUUGAAAUUAACUAAAAUAAAAAAAAAAUAAUAAUAAUAAUUUAAAAACAAAAAAUAUAUAAACAAACAAUUGAAAGAAAAUUAACCAAAUGAAAAAUUUGAAAAUAAUAUAAAAUUGAAAACAAAAAUGUAAGAUGAUCUAUAUUUAGUAGAAAAUAAAUGAAAAAAAAAAUUUACAUUUCAAUUUUUAGAUAAUGCAUAAACACACACGCACACAUUCGCAGAGAUUGACAUACAUAAAUGCAUAUUUAAUUUGAAGCUGAAAAGAAAAAUUAUAAAUUAAUUAAAUCAUUGCAUGAAAUGAUUUGAUAGAAAUUAUUUUAAAUAUUUAGAUUUAAAAAAAAAAACCAUGUAUCGCAUAUUAUCAAUUUCUUCUAUUUCUAUAUUUUUGUGCAAUCAUGACGUGUCUAUCAACGUUGUCAUCACAAUCAUCAUUGACUUCUCAUGAUCAUCAUAAUCAUCAUCACUAUCAACUUGACACCAUCGUGACGUCAUUCAACAUCACUUGACUAUUUCUGCGGCUUCCACAAAAAAAAUAACUGGAUAUAACUGAACAAUAAUUGUCAUUUUUACUGUAAAUCAUCAUUGAUUAUUUUUCGAUCAUUGUCUCAAUCAUAUGCUCUUUCUUUUAAUCUCUCUCCUCUCGCACAAUCUCUCUUUCUCCACUUAUAUAUUCAACUCAUCACUAAUCAAAACUCUGUGGAUGAAAAAAUGAUGAUUAAAAAAAUACAUCAACAUGUGUAUGCAAAAUGAAAAAAAAAUUUGCUUAAUAUAAUGCAAUUUUAUAAUUAAAAAAUAUAUAUAUACCACCAAAAAUAAUGAAAUGAUAAUAAAUUUUGAUAAAUAAAAUUAUCAUGAUGAAUUUAUAAUUUCUACAUUUGCUGGAUGGCAAUAAUAAAAAUAAUUUCAACAAAAAAAUUAACUACAAAAAUGAUAAAAUACAAAUUGGCUAAAUAAAACAAAAUAAUUUUAAAAAAAUAAUAAUAAAAUAAUAAAAAUGAAUAAUUAAUUAAAUGGAAUGGCUUGGGAACAAAAUUAAAAUUAAAAAAAAAUAUUCAGAGUCUUCCAUAUCAACUAACAUCGAACGAGACAAAGGACAAAAUCGUGCUUGUCUACGGUGAUCGUAUACAAGUGCGAAAAAAG